AUGGCUAAGAAGAAGAGUGCCACUGAACAAAAUAUUAGAGAUAGAAUCAAUCCUAAUGACCCUGACACUACGAUUUCCUUCUCAUUGUCUCAAUUCCCGAUUAAUGACCUCCUCAACAAUAAUUCAUUCAUUGAUCGUCAUCCUGAUGUACUCGACAUGAUCUUUUAUGAACCUGGUAUUAUUGAUACAUUGAAGAUGUUCAAUACAUGUACUGGAUUUGUCUUGACUAUUAACAGCUUGAAAGAAGUAAAGAUUGGUAAUUGGCUCCAAAACUCUGUCAAGAAGAAGAGUAGCGAAAAUGAGAUGGAUCAAAUGCUUUUCUUUAUCAAAGACUAUAGUGAAACCCAAAUUUUCAACAUUCUAUUGAAGAAUAUUGACGCUAUUGAAGAUAGCAUGGAUCCUCAAGAAUAUUUUGAUGAAGUUGCCAGAUGUUGCUCUGAGGUUAUUGUUAAGAAUGUUCAAACUGAGAAAGUCAAGCCUCAAUUAUUUUCCUCCUCUGUUGAAUAUUCCAUCUAUGCUGUCUCUGAAUCCAUCAAUAGAAAUGAUGUAUUAGAUCAUCGUGGAAUCAACUUGACCUUCUCUGGUAAUAUUGGUAUUGAAAAAUCAACUGGUGGCUUCUUAAAGAAGGGUAAGAUUAACAUUUUGCUUGACUUGAGUGUUAAGGUUGUUGUUUACAACAACUACAUGUUCUCUAAACGUGGUUUAACUUGUGUAUUGAAUGGUAUGCGUGAUAGAGAAGGAAAACUUAGACAAAAAGUUGUUGAUGAAGAUAUUGAAAGAUCCAAGAAUGAUGCUGUUAAUGCUCUUGAAGGUGGUAAGAAGGAUUAUGCCAAGAAACCUUCCACAUUUACUGGUAGUCUUUUGAACAUGGUCAAUGAAAAGGUCCAAGAUAAGGUUGAUGCUAGAAUUGAAGAGGAACGUAAUAAGGUUUUGGAUCGUAUUGGUGUUAGCUCAGAAAAUUGGGACAAUAACAAACCAAGCAAUCCAAAUGUUCGUCAAUUUUAG